AUGCACAAGAUUAUUUCUGUUGUGAUUCUGGCAUUCGCCAUGGCCGCCAAGGCUCUAACUCCGGCUGAACGAAACGAAAUAGAUGUUAAUUUUGCAAAAUUGCGUUCAUGGGUUAAACCCGAAGCAAGCAAUAUGCAAAUGUUGCGCUACUCUGUAGAACUCGAAAUGUUGGCCGGAGAUUGGGUAGACGACUGCCUCAUGGGAACAAAAAACUGGGACAUUCUACCUGAAUACCGGGACCUUGGGAAAAGUUAUGCAGUAGAGUUCCAUGAGCAACGUAGCCCUGCAGACAUGGUUUACCAUUUUAUUUAUGAAAAGUUUAACUACGAUUAUGAAACAAACACGUGUUCGGAGACUUGUGGCAACUACACGCAAAUGACCUGGGCAACCUCGAAUGCUGUUGGAUGUGCGAUUAAACAAUGCCCUAACAUCAGGUCUGAUUCAGGUGACCCCGCGUAUCUCAUGGCAUGUCAGUUCAAACCCGCAGGUAAUGUCCCGGGGGAAAAGCCCUAUUUGGCAGGACCUGCUUGCUCCAAAUGUCCUCAAGGGAGUGAAUGUCGACUCAAUCAGUGCGUGGUGAAAUCAGAUCUGGAUGUUGUUCUGCAGGCGGAAGGAAAACAGGCCACAAAUUCAUCUACGACAAACGUAAAGGCGUUUCAAGUUGUGAUUUUUUCUGCUGCCGUUGUAUUCUUUCUUGCCUGA